CUGUGAAGAGUGAAACACGUUUAAACUACACCAACGGAACCCCCUCGGGGACAAUUUUGUGUGCGGAAGCGAAAAGUUCAAACAUGUCAUCAGCAGUUCCUGGUACAAGUUAAAAGCAGUCGGGUCGUCACUGUGAGCAUGUCAUCGGAGCCCGCCAGGAGCGCGAGGCGGAACGGCCCCAAACCAUGGCCCGUGGUCGCGCUGUCGGUGCUGGGCUCGGCCGGAGCAGUGGCCGCGGUCGGGUUUCUCUGCGCCCUGAUCUACCCCAUACUCAAAGAGCUGCGGGCAGAGAGGGUGACAGGAGAGGAUGGCACUGAGGAGAGGAUGCUCGGCUUCUGGAGUCUCCUGGUCCUGUCAGUAUUAGUAGGAUGCAUCUGCUGCGUCUUCUCGUGGAUGCUCACCUACCUUGACUCGUUCCAGCCUGGUCUGGAUUUCCCGACGCUGCGGACAGUGGCCCACGUCAGGUAA